AAUUUCUUGACAUUGACAAUCUGUUAAAACUGAUAUUUGACAGAUUUCUAUACUUUGCCCUUACCCUCAGAUUUCUGAAUACAUAUUCCAAAAUUAAAAAGAAGAGGAAAUAACUUCAACUGUUUUAAUUAAUAACAGCCAUGGCCGGUGCAGUCGCUAAAUUGCCUUCCUUAAUCAACACGGCACUUGCUAACGCAAGGCCAAAGUUUAACAUCUUCAUGAAAUACGCAAGAGUAGAAUUGGCACCACCCAAAUUGAGCGAAAUCCCUCAAAUCAAAGCUGGUAUCAGCAAAUUGAUCAGCAGCGCUAAAUCUGGAGCAUGGAAACAGCAGACAGUCAAGCAAGCUACUCUUAACACCCUGGUUGGUGCUGAGGUGCUUUUCUGGUUCUUUGUUGGAGAAUGUAUUGGAAAGCGUCACAUCGUCGGCUACAAUGUUUAAGCAUAUUUUAAGAGUCCUGUAGAUACUGUGUAUGGCAAAGUAAAUUAUUAAAAU